AGACCUAUCCUGGACCAACAACUUAUUCAUUGGUGAGUACAUCCCCGAGUUCCUGUAGCUUCUCCUAACUAGAUGGCUUUCAGUUAUGUCAGAGACUAGCAAUCGCACCUUCCUCGAGAACCUGCCCAUGGUUUGGCCAGUCGAGUUUCAGCGCUUUCUCCAGUCGAACGAACCCCCCACCGAAGCACAAGUCAAGGAAGUCCAGCAAACUGUGUUGGCUCAAGCUAUGAAUAACCUGGCCGACCUUCUCCGCGUCAAGGAUAUUUUAGACCGCAUAAUCCUAGACUGCAAGACGGUCGUGGCUCCAAUACGUCAUGUGCCGUCCGAAAUACUGCUCGAGAUCUUCCACUGGACCAACGCCGACGAGGUGCAUGUUGACGUCUUCAGCAACAGAUCAAACCUAUGGAGUCUGCGACGGGUCUGUAGCCAGUGGCAAACGGUUGUCGAUACAAACACAGGAUUGUGGUCGAAUCUCCUGGUGAGAGGAUUCUCCUACAACCGUCAUAUCCCCCGAGAGCCCGUUAAAUUGCUCAAAAAAGCAUUGGAGCGAUCCAGUACACAGUUACUCUCCAUCCGUUGUGCCUUUGAUUACGACGAUUUGCUCGAUGCAGAGAAGGAGAGGAACACCGUCCAAGAGAGAUGGCCAAAACCGGUCGAUCCCAAAGAGGCUGUCGCUACAAAGCUCAAUCACGACUUGCUCCGAGUCCUUGUGGGUCAGUCUCGACGCUGGAAAAACGUUUGCCUCCAGGUAGACGACUACGCUUACCUGCCGAUAUUCAAUGACGCGAAGGGAAAACUGGAUCAGUUACAGACGCUAAGUUUCGGGAUGAUUCAAGGUUGGAUCGAGAGCAGUACUGUUCCAGCGUUUGAUGCGUUCGAAGUGGCCCCCAAUCUGCGCAACGUCGAGCUAUCGAGAAUGGGACACGUUGACCCUCUUCUUCCUUAUCAGCAACUGGUCUCCGUUCGUGUAGAGUGGUACGAUCGCAAUACGGUUGAAGAGCAUCUCGCGCCUCUCCGUUUGUUGCCCAACUUGCAGGAAUACGACCUCGACGGCUUCGACACCGAGCUGAGGGAGUCGAGUAACAAUGCAAUGAUCCAGCACAACACCCUCCGUGCUCUACACGUAUGCACACCUGGCGCAUUGACCAAACUCGUGCUUCCGAAUCUUGAAGAGGUCCGUCUCAAGGCUGCGUCUUUCGAUGACAUCUGCCGAUAUUCCACCCUCAAAAACCUUCAUGCACUGAUCAACAGGUCUGGAUGCUCGAUACGCAGACUCAUGCUGUCCGACGUGAUGGAGAGCGAUGACCUCAUCACCGUGCUAGGACGCACAUCAAACCUGAACGAGCUUCACAUCGAGAUGAAUCAUUGGCAAUUCGAAGCAGACGAAUUCAUUGCCACGGUGGCCAAAUAUCUUCGAAUCAGGGAGGAUAGGCAGAUACCUUUGCCUGAACUUCAUACGCUGACGAUCACGCUGCAAGGCUCGCCGAAGUGGGAUGUACCACACGAUCUACCUGUGACUUUCUUGAAGAGAAAGACGGCUGAGAUGAUCCGGGAUCGCUGGAAUAUCGCUGGCGGAUCAGCAGUGAAUAGACUCAGGUCUGUCCGGGUCUAUAUAUCGGUGCCCUCAAAGUACCAUAUCAUUCGGUAUGACGAGUUCAUCAAGGGUUUGGAUGCGAUAGAGCUCCGAAAGGAAGGAUUGAAUAUCUCUGUAAACGUUAUAGGCGGGAACCAAAUAUUGUAUAGUGUAGGCGAAAAUUAGAACUUUGAAUAUGCAAACGAAGCACUGGAGCGAUCG